AUGUUGCUAAGAAGAUGUAAGCCUUCUGGUGACCUCAAGAUAGAAAAGCAGUUGGUAAGACAUAAUACUUCCAAUGCGUAUAAAUUGGAUAAAGAUAGUUUCUCACCACUUCACAUAGCUGCUCUUGAAUCAAGCAUUCAGUUAUUUCAAGAACUCAUCAAAUGGUGUCCCGAUUCUGGGGAGUUGGUGGACAAAAAGCGUCGUAAUGUUUUUCACUUUGCUGUGAUGAGUGAGGAUUUCAAGAAAAUCAAGUUUGCCUUAAAGCAACAAGAGCUUGAGGAACUCGUAAACAAGGCAGAUGAUGAUGGAAACAACCCAUUCCACCUUGCGGCCACCAUAGGCAAUUUAAUUUUCUUUCAAAUAGAAGAGUAG